AUGAAUUUUUCAUAAUGUCCAGACGAAUUCCAAAUUGAAGAACAACAAUUCAUUAGAGUCCCCUAAAGAUCAUCUAUGAGUAGUUUCAACUUUGAGGUAUCUGAAGCAGCAUUUUAAGGAUUUAGAAACUAAAUACAAGUUUACCUAUCCCACGAAUGAAAAACAGAAUGAGACCAAAAGAAAUCAACUCAAUCAGACUCCUCCUCCCUCAAUCAAAUAGAAUUUAAAAUAUGAUUUAGACAGAAAUUAUAAGCAACAGAUUGAACUGCCUCAUCAACUCUCCAAAUCUCCGAAACAAUCCCUUUCUUUUAGAGAUCAAGGCAAAAUAUAGGUGGGCCAAUAGUAAAUAGAGAAACCUCAAAAGGAAAUCAAAUCAAUCCUGAACUUCUAAGUGGAUACCAAAUUCAUCAACAUGAAACCAAGCAAGAAGAGAAAUCAAAAACCUAUUCUACCUCAAUUUCAAUAAUAAUAAUAAUUAUACAAACGACCUUUGAUGAUACAGAGCAAUCCGAAAUACUAGAGAGUCUCUCCAUAGAAUCAAAACAAGAGAGUCUCUCCUUAGAAUUACAAUAGGAGUCCAAUUCAGAAUAAUAUCAAUAAGAAUUACUCUGAAAUCACUUUCCAUUAGGAGCCCAAAGUCAAUAAGUUUUAAUAAUUUUUAAAUAAAGCUCCUCAUUCAAUUGAAAUUGAUCACAAAAGAUCAAUCAAGUGGUUUGGUAACAAAGAACUUUGCGAAGGAGAAAUAAAUGGGAAGAUUGUAUAAUUUAUAAAGGCUUAAGAAUCGAAUGUGAUAUUAUGA